ACACCGUAACUUCCCUUUUUUAAAUGGAGUUCAUGUACAUUACAGCUUGUUACAUACUAAUGAAAAUGGUUUGUUUUUUUAUACUUAGGACUAAUCACGAUAGUGCUGUCCCAUGAUAGUGCACAGAAAGAUCUGAAAAUUGAAGUAGCAUUGGGAACAAAAGUGGUACUGCCUUGCAAUCUAAGUCACCCUUUAAUUGAUUGGCUGUGGAAACCAUUAACCUGCGAUGACAUCAGUGUACCAGUUACCAUCUUUACCAUGACUGCUGUGAGAGAUGAUCAAAUAAAGUAUGAGAGAUUCAAAUACCGUCUUACUGUGGAAUGGGAUAAAGCACACGGUAAUAAAAAUCUUAUAUUAUCAUCAGCUCAAUUGGAAGAUUCUGGAGAAUAUAGCUGUACACAUCAUGGAAAAAAGAACAUAACAACUAUACUAAUUGUGAAAGAAGAAUGCAUUAUUAUAUCCGCUUCUGAAGAAGCAAAUACAGUACAGCUAUCAUGUUUCAGUAACUGCAGCGGUUCAACUAACGCUGAUCUACAUUGGAGCCUAAAUGGAAAACCUCCAGACAUAGUACAAACAAGAAGCAAAACUAAACGACUAGAACUCUGUAAUACUAAAAAUCAUGGUUCAUGGAGAUGCUCAUUGAAAGACAAUAACAAGUAUGCAGAAUAUUGUAUUGGGAUGUCAAGGAAUGGUGCAGGAGACCUCCCUUCAAGCCAUUGUACAAGCAAAGAAUUAGAAACAACUGUAUCUCCAGCUACACCUGCUCCAAAUGCAAUUCGGUGGGAACUGAAGCUGCUUGUGUUGCUUGCUCUGAUUCUCCCUGCUGCUCUCGCUGUGUGGUACUACAUCAGUACAAGACUCAAGAAAAGAAAGAAGUGCAUCUCUCAAACGGAUAUUCAGAAAGUAAAUGGUGAACAUGAAGCAUCAUUACCUGACCAGAUCUCUCCAGGUACAAAAGGACCAGAAACAAAGACAGACACAGAAUAUAUGCAUUAUGCCUCAUUACAGCAUGCUCCAGAGCAAAAAACGAGCUCUAAAUGUGAGGACAUGCCAACAGUGUAUUCUUCAGUGAUGACUAAGUAGAAAUCAUUCAACAUUUACUCUACAAACACUGGUUGUUUUUGGUCAUUGUUCUAAUGUUACACACAAAAAAAAUGACGGUAAUGUAAUGAGAUGAAGACGGUACCUGCAAUUGUUUUCAAGCAAUCACCCCACCCAGGGCUGGCAUUAACAACUGCAGAGCCCAAUUUGGUACGUUUGUUGGGUUCUCAAGCCUCACCCAGCCCCACUGUCUUCAUCUUCAAUAAUUUCCCAGAAAACCUCAAAUGUUAUGAAUGAAAUACCAAAAUCUGUGGUGAAAGUCGGGAUAUUCUGCAAAAUUCUGGACAGUUUUGAGAUGUGGUACUUAAUGCCAAUACUGCAUUUAUGGUAUACCUCUGAACUUUUAUUCAAGAAUUGUGGACAAAGGGAAGAUAAUGUGGAACAAAUGCCUAGAAUCAGGGAUAAUUUUAAAAUAUUGCAUUAAUUAAUUUAAAAAAUCUAGCAGGAUAAUAGGAUUUGCAUCAACAUGCACUUUUUGAACAAUAUGAAAUAUGAAACUCUAAAGUAUGGUAUUAUAGACUGUCUCUAAUUCACAGUAAUUGUGUAGAAAAUUGAAAAUUCUGUGAGGGAUAGGGCAAAAAUAUAAGACAAAGUCAUUCAGGGACAUUUUGUGCCUUCCACUGACCUCUUGAAGGACAGCUGAUUUGUUUUUGUGACAUUGAUGUGCCCAGAGUUUAACUUCAUGGUUUGUUGUUCAACUUUUUCAAAGUGGUCUGCAGAAAUGUGGUUUUACAGUCAAAAGUAUUAAGAUUUGUUCUUUAUUUUUUGUUGUAUACAGCAAGAUUACUUCCCAACAGCUCACUUUUGUUAAUGAUUUGUAGCAUAAAUAUACUUAACUUAUAUUUCAGUAUAUUUUACAAGAACAUAGAAACAGUAAGAACUGUUUGAACCAAGGAUUCUGCAAACUGGAUACCAGUUUUAAUAGCUAUAAAUUAGUUGCUACGAUGAACAUGGAAUACUGUCCCCAAUUUAUCUCAUUGUUUAUACUACUGUCUGUUGAAUUUGUUUUUUUUUUUUAAUAUUCAGUUACUUUAUGUGGAUCAUGUCUCCUUGGUUCUCAACUGAAAAUGGGUGAUUUAAAUCAUUACAAAAAUAAAUAAAAAAAUCUUUGUUGACUGUCA